AUGGUGAGCGCCUUGGCAGGGGUGAUGACCUCUGUCAUCGGCAAGCUCACCACCCUGCUUGGGGAGGAGUACGCAAAGCUGAAAGGUGUGCACAGGGAGGUGGAGUUCAUGAAAGAUGAGCUGAGCAGCAUGAACGCGCUCCUUCAGAGGCUGGCAGAGGUGGACCGUGAUCUUGAUGUGCAGACAAAGGAAUGGAGGGACCAAGUCCGGGAGAUGUCUUAUGAUAUUGAGGAUUGCAUAGACGACUUUAUGAAAAGCCUUGGCCAAACUGACAUUGCUAAGAGAGCAGGGCUUGUCCAAAAUGUGAUCCAGCAGCUCAAGGCACUGAGGGGGCGCCAUCAAAUAUCCAGCCAAAUCCAGGGGCUCAAGGCACGUGUUGAAGAUGCAAGCAAGCGACGUAUGAGGUAUAAGCUCGAUGAGCGCACCUUUGAGCAUCGCAUCUCAAGGGCCAUUGACCCUCGUCUUCCUUCGCUCUAUGCUGAGCCAGACGGGCUCGUCGGUAUUGACAAGCCAAGAGACGAGCUCAUCAAGUGCCUAAUGGAGGGGGUGGGUGCAUUGGUGCAGCAGCAAAAGGUGAUAUCAAUUGUGGGUUCUGGGGGCCUCGGUAAAACUACACUUGCGAAUGAGGUGUACCGUAAACUGGAAGGCCAGUUCCAGUGUCGAGCUUUUGUUUCUUUGUCGCAGCAGCCUGAUGUGAAGAAGAUCCUAAGAAGUAUACUCUCUCAAGUCAGCCAGCAGGAGUACGCUAACAUAGAUGUCUGGGAUGAGGAAAAGCUCAUCAAUGCAAUCCGAGAAUUUCUAAAGAACAAAAGGUAUUUUGUCAUCAUUGAUGAUAUUUGGAGUAAUCAAGCAUGGAAGAUUAUCAAGUGUGCUUUGUUUCCAAAUGAUGUUGGGAGCAAAAUAAUGACAACAACUCGCAGUAUUACUAUAGCCAAGUCAUGUUGCUCUCCUCAGCAUGAUCAUGUCUAUGAAAUAAUGCCUCUUACUGAAGCCAACUCUAAGAGUUUAUUUUUGAAACGUAUAUUUGGCUCGGGAGAUAUGUGCCCUCCUAAGUUGGAAGAAGUCUCCUCAGAGAUAUUGAAGAAAUGUGGUGGUUCACCCUUGGCGAUUAUUACAGUGGCUAGCUUGCUGGCUAAUAAAGCUAGUACAAAUGAAGAAUGGGAGAGGGUAUAUAACUCAAUCGGUUCGACACUGGAAAAAGAUCCCGGUGUAGAAGAGAUGAGAAAAAUAUUAUCCCUCAGCUAUGAUGAUCUUCCCCAUCAUUUAAAGACAUGUUUACUAUACCUGAGUAUAUUUCCAGAAGACUGUGAGAUUAAGAGGGAUCAAUUGAUAAGGAGGUGGAUUGCUGAAGGAUUUAUUAAUACGGAGGGUGGACAAGAUUUGGAGGAGAUAGGAGAUGGGUAUUUCAGUGACCUUAUCAAUAGAAGUAUGGUUCAGCCAGUGAGAAUUCAAUAUGAUGGUCGAGUUUAUUCAUGCCGAGUCCAUGAUAUGAUUCUUGAUCUUCUUAUAUCCAAGUCAAUUGAAGAAAAUUUUGUUACCUUCUUUGGUGGCCAAAAUCAGGAAUUAGUGCUACAACAUAAGAUUCGUAGACUAUCUCUGAACUGUUAUUCCCAAGAGCACAUCGCAGUUCCAUCAACAGCGAUCAUUUCUCAUUGCCGGUCUCUCAGUGUAUUUGGGUAUGCUGAACAGAUGCCUCCUCUUUCGAAGUUUAGAGUUCUGCGAGUACUUGAUAUAGAAAAUGGUGAGGACAUGGAAAGCAGUUUUAUUGAACAUGUAAGGACUCUUUGUCAGUUGAAGUAUUUGCGGCUCGAUGUCAGAAGCAUUUCUGCAUUCCCAGAGCAAUUAGGAGAACUACAGCAUUUGCAGACUCUGGAUAUAAGAUGGACAAAGAUACGAAAAUUGCCCAAAAGCAUUGUUCAACUGCAAAAUAUGACAUGUUUGCAUGUCAAUAAUCUUGAAUUACCUGAAGGAAUUGGGAAUCUGCAUGCUCUUCAGGAGCUAAGAGAGAUCAAAGUCAAGUGGGACAGUUUGGCAUCUUCUUUGCUGGAAUUGGGCAGCCUGACUAAAUUGAGGAUUCUUGGGCUGCGCUGGUGCAUCAUCGAUACACACGGUAACAAAGAAAUUUUUGUGGAGAACGUGGUCUCAUCGCUCUGUAAACUGGGUAGACUCAACCUUCGGUCUCUAUGCAUUAAGAGUGACUAUGGUUAUUCCAUUCCUCUAAAAGAAAUGUAUGGUUAUUCCAUAGAAUUCUUGCUGGAUUCUUGGUUCCCAUCCCCUCAUCUCCUCCAGAAAUUUCAGAUGGACGCGUACUAUUUCUUUCCCAGAGUUCCAGUUUGGAUCGCGUCACUUGACAACCUCUCGUACCUAGAUAUCAAUAUUAACCCUGUAGAAGAGGAGGCAUUAGAGAUCCUUGGAGGGUUACCUGCUUUGCUGCUUCUGUGUUUGUCAUCAGAAUCAUCUGCUCAAAAACAAAGACUCGUUAUAAGCAGCAACAUGUUCAUAUGCCUGAAGGAUUUCCGCUUCACCUGCUGGAGCAAUGGCAAAGGACUGAUAUUUGAAGCUGGGGCCAUGCCGAGUCUUGAGAAGCUGGAGGUUCCAUUAGACGCAGGCAAGGAUCUUGAUUUUGGCAUCCAGCACCUCUCUUCCCUUAUGCAUGUUACCGUGAAGAUCAUUUGCCGUGGUGCCACGGUUCGGGAGGUGGAAGCAUCGGAGGACGCCAUCAGGAGCGCAGUUACUCUCCUUCCGAACCACCCCACACUGGAAAUCCGAAUAUGGGGUGAUGAAAAUAUGGUGGAGGAGGACCAAGGGAAGGCUGAAGAGGAGAUCCAGACAAGUCACUGA